GCGACAUGUCAAUUCCUACAGCAGGAACUACAUUCAACGCACAUGUGUUCUGUAUAUCGUGAAUGUGUUUGAAUAAAAAAACAAGAAUCUGAGUCUGUCAACAGACCUAGCCACAAUGCUUAGUGAUGGUGAAGCUAAAGAACUGCUGUCAUUUCUCACUCUGGAGAUGAGAGCUGAUGUCAAAGGUCAGGCCACGGGAUACAUCCUGGGCCUCACAGGAAACCGGGAUGGGUGCCGGUACCUGCGGUCCAAGCCAGACUUUCUCAAAGCCUUGGUGACUCUGACCCGCGACCCUUCCAUCGCCAUUGUCAAGGACUGUUAUCAUGCCCUGAUUAACCUCUCGGCGGACGAGACUCUUCACCAGCCUUUGGUCAAAGAGACGGACUUACUGGCCAUACUGUUCCAGAACCUCCUGGACCCGGAGUAUAUGUUUGCGGAUCGGAUCUGUACUAUCCUCAGUAACCUGAGCAGACACGAGCGGACGUGUAGAGAUGUGUUCAGCGCUCUGCAGGAGCAGAAGAUCGGACUGGACAAAGUGGUGGAGAUCUUCUGCACGGAGGGAUUCAAUAAGAAAGCUUCACUUCAUUAUCUGGGACCCCUGCUGUCCAACCUCACACAGCUGCCCGAGGCACGCCACUUCAUUCUGGACAAGGACAGGUGUGUGAUUCAGAGGCUCCUGCCGUACACACAGUACGAGGAAUCGAGCACCAGGCGAGGAGGGGUGGUGGGAACGCUCAGAAAUUGCUGCUUUGACUAUACUCAUCAUGAGUGGUUGCUCAGUGAUGCGGUGGAUAUUUUACCAUACCUUAUAUUACCAUUGGCUGGACCAGAGGAGCUCUCAGAGGAAGAGAAUGAAGGUUUGCCUGUGGACUUGCAGUACCUGCCAGAGGAUAAAAAGAGAGAAGAUGAUCCUGAUAUCCGCAAGAUGCUCUUAGAAACCCUGAUGCUUCUUACAGCUACUAAAGUGGGCCGACAGAUUAUGAAGAACAAGAACGUGUAUCCCAUCAUGAGAGAGUUUCACAAAUGGGAGAAGGAUCCACAUGUGAUUUCAGCCUGUGAGAAACUCGUCCAGGUUUUGAUUGGAGACGAGCCGGAGGCGGGAAUGGAGAAUCUGAUGGAGGUGGAGAUUCCCAAAGACGUGGAGGAAAAACUGAAGGAAUUGGACACCAAAGAGCAGGAACAAAUGGAAAAGGACAAACAGGAAUCUGAGAAGCAGCUAAAUGAAUCUCCAGAGGGCCUGGAGAGAUAAACAGACAGCAAAGCCAAUAAACAAAACUUUACUUCCACAAAUAGAGACUCUGUCAAGUUGAAUGUUCAGCAUCAUUGAAUAAAAAGAUCUGCAUGAGAAUGAAUACCUGAGGAUUAUCGUGGAUAGAAAAUGUUUGAUUCUAAAUGCACCUGGUUAUGGAAGAACACAGUUCGUUUCUAUCUGGUUCAAGCUGGUUUAUGUAUUUGACUAGCAGGUGGACACCUGGUAGACUAUCUUGGGUAUGAGACCAUGUGGUAUGACCAGGUCAUACAAACUUAAAAGUGGUUUGUUGCUGGUCCAAACUGGUCUAGUUUGGGUGGUCGUCCACCUAAUCAGCACGAACCAGCUACAAACCAGCUCCAAAACAAAAAACCCACCUUAAACUAGCUCUAGCUAGAUUUUCCAGCAGGGUUAAAGACUUUGAAUGCCCAUUAGUUGUAUCCUGGAGCUCAUAAUAAAGACACUUUGUAUCACAAUCUGUAAAACUUAAAUAAAGGGAUUUUCAUACCCCAU